CCUAACUCAACACACACACACUUGUCUAUCCUGAAUCCACUGAAACUGCGUGCGUAACUAAAUCCUACAAAUCUCUGUCCCCUUCCCAACAGUUACUCAGUGAAAUCCAACGAAUAUGAGUGACGAUGAUCGGGAUAUCGACAUCGAGAGUGACGAGGGUGACGACUCCGAUUCCAGACAGAGACAUUCCAAUAAUACGCAAUAUUACUCUCAGGCGGAGAAACGCGCACAUCACAAUGCUUUGGAACGAAAGCGCCGGGAUCACAUAAAAGACAGUUUUUCGAGUCUUCGAGACUCGGUACCGGCUUUGCAAGGCGAAAAAGUAGCAAGCAGAGCCCAAAUUUUGAAGAAGGCUGCCGAAUAUAUUCAGUUUAUGCGACGCAAGAAUUCCUCUCAUCAACAAGAUAUUGAUGAUUUGAAGCGGCAGAAUAAUCUUCUCGAAUCACAAAUACGCACAUUGGAAAAAGCUAAAAUAACAGGAAACUUUGCAGCCGAGUCUUGCGAAGUUUCGAAGUCGGAUUCGGUGGGAAUUGGCGGUUACAAUGAUUCCGAAUCCGAAUCUUCCGAUAGCGAAAUUGGGAGAGCAAUUCGCCAUCCAAAAAAGCUGAAAGUCGCGGGUAUGCACCAUUGAUCCAAUCCGGAUCAAUCUUGACUUUCGACUCUUGAAACUUUAUUUUAAUUAUAAGAUAAGGCAAUACAUUCGACUCUAAGUGUAAGUAAUUAAUUAUUAUUAAUCGAUUAAUUGAUAAAUCAUUGUACCUUAAUUAAUGACUUUAUUGACUCUGUAAACAUUAUACGGUAGGGACUACUUAUUAUUUAAAAAAAUAAAUGAAAUAUUAGUGCUGUUUA